AUGAUCAACUCCACAGUUGUUUAUAAUUCAUCAGAUAUUGUGAAAUUUAGAUCAAUUUUUAUUGGAUGGAUGUUCAUAUGCUUAUUUUUAUAGAAAAUUUCUAAGAAAUAUUGGAAUGUCACCACUAAUAUACUGAUUUUCAUUAAUGGUAUAAUAAGUGUCUUGUUGUUUGCCUUCUUUACUAAAUUUGUGAAUACAGCCCAAACAAAUAUAAAUGAUGUUAUGAGUCUUUCUUUGAUAUCUGGUUUGUAAUAAGGAUUAUUUGCUAUGAGCUUUUUUUUAAUUUAAUCAAACUACAUUAUGCAGAGUUUAACUAUGAUUAGUUUCUUCCUUAUUUUAAUGGGAAUUUUUACUCAAUUUUUGAAUUAUAGAUUAUGGACAUAAUAUCUGCUUCUUAUUUUUACAUGUUAUUUAUUAAGGUAGAAUGAGAAAACAAAUAGAUUGAAUUUUUUAUUAAUCCAUAAGUCUCAUUAGAAUUUAGAAGCAUGUAAGAAACUUUAUGAUGAAACUGUACCAACUUCAAUAAUAAUUUUGGAAGAGAAUGUACAAUAAGAAGGAAUAUAUAAAAAUGAAUUAUUAAAUUCAGUAUUUACAUAAAAAGAAAAAUUAUAUACAUUGGAUAGCAGACUUAUGAAUGUAGCUUAUUUUAAUAAAAGUGCAUCUAUUCAUUUUGAAACAGCUUAGGAAGAUAUUUUAACAGAAAGAUUGGCUGAAAUAGAAAUUUUGAAUUCUGAAAAUUCAGUUUUAAAUUCUGAAAAGAAUAAACUUUUAGAUAAAAUUUCAGGUUUACAAUCUACAUUAUAGACUGAAAUGCGUUUUAAUACAAUAAACUCUUUUGAUUAUUAAAUUAUGUAAAUAAAUAGAAAAAUGCAAUGUUAGAGAGUAUAAAUUAAUUUAAUUUAGGUUGUUAAAUAAUCUAAAGUACAAUAUUAUGAUGCUUAAGCUUAAGGUUGUUUAUGGGAUGGUAAAUAAUGUAUAAUGUUAAUAUUAAAUGAUACUACUGAUAGAGUCUUAAGGAUUAAACAUCUCUAAGAUUUAGAUAAUUAUAAAGAUAAUUUAUUGGCUGCUGUUUCUCAUGAUCUCAAAACUCCAUUGAAUGGUCAAAGUAUUCUUGCUAAUUUGAUUAAAACAAUGAUGGAAAAUAAGCAAUCUAUGGUUAGAAGUGAUAUUUAAGGUAUUAUUAUAAUUAAUUAAUAUUUUAGAAAUUGUUGUUCAUAUAGAUGACAUGAUUUCAAAUUAAUAAAUUUUAUUAACAAUGAUAAAUGAUUUAAUUGAUUAUUCAUAAUUAAAAAAAUAAGGAUUAAGAUUAAAUUACACUUAAUUUAAUCUUUCUGCAUGUGUACAAUAAAUUAAGAAUAUAUUUAAAAGGUAAAUGGAUUUAAAAAAAUUAUAAUUUAAUAUUUUGGGAUUAGAUGAAAAAAUUAUAAUGUAUUCAGAUCAAAUUAGAUUAUAAUAGAUAUUAUUUAAUUUGAUAUCUAAUGCCAUUAAAUUUACUUUUAAUGGAUAAAUUACAUUAACAAUUAAUAAAAUAAAUUCUGGUAAUCAAUAAUUAAUUAAUUUCUCUGUUUAAGAUACUGGUAUAGGUAUACCUUAACAUAUCCAGACUAAAUUAUUCAAAGCCUAUUCAACCUUUAAUUUAGGAAAUUAAAAUUCAUAAGGAGUAGGAUUAGGAUUAGUAAUCUCUAGAAAUCUAGUUGGACUAUUAGGUCCAAGUGAAUAUAUAGAAAUGAAUUCAAUUGAAAAUAAAGGAUCAAAUUUUAGUUUCUCGAUUUAUCUGAAUGCAUAACAUAAAGAAUGCAACAUAUUGAAUAAUUUAUAAGUAGAAAAUGGAACUCCUGAUAGUGAUCCAUCUCCUAUUCAUAGAAUGCCUAAUCCUGUAAUCAAAAGAUAAAAUAGAAAAUAUUAAACAGUUAUUGAUAUGUCUACAAGUUUAUAUUAAAGAUUAAAAAUACUAAUUGUAGAUGAUACAAUCUUUAAUAUUUUUGUCUUAAAAUAAUUAUUGAAAUAGAUUAUUGUUUAAUGUGAUAUUCAUGAAGCUCAUAAUGGUAAGGAAGCAUUAGAGAAAGUCAAAGAAACUAGAUUUGAUAUUAUAUUUAUGGAUAUCAAUAUGCCAAUUUUAAAUGGUAUCUAGACAACCUAAUAGAUUAGAUUGUAUGAAAAAAAUAAAUAGUUUUAAAAGUCAACAAUCUGUAUGCUUUCUGCUUUCUAAGGAGAAAGAGAUCUCUAAGAGUCUUUGGAAAUAGGAGCAGAUCUCUUUUUAACAAAACCCUUAUAAAUUCCAGCUUUAAAAGCAAUACUAGAAUAACUAAAAUAUAUUUGA